GAUGUGUUUGCUCAAGCUGGAGUCCAAUCACAGGCUCGGAGCGCGCAAGGCGCCUCCUCUCUUAAACAUCGUCACGAGUGAACAGAAAACUUUCAUUCCUAAUAGUUCUCCAAGUCCUGCGACCACAGAACCGCUGGAUCCUGCGAACACCAACUUAUGGCAAACCACCAAUAGUGCACUUUUACCUCUCCAUUUUCCACACACUGUGAGAUAUAAAAGGGAUCCUGGAUGGACCUGGGUGAUAACAGCUGGUCCAUGGUCAAGCGCGAAGUGUCCAGCAGCAGCAGCCCAGGGUCUCCGGCUGAGCAGAGCUACCUGAACACUGACCGAAGGGACCGGCUGAGAUCCCCGACGCCGACGCACCUGGACGCGGUGGGAACCCGUCGCGCCGAGGCCAGGCCCCUACACUCCUACGUUCACUUUGGGCAUCCCAACAACGCCCUGCCCAAUUCUGACGACGUUACACUCUUCACGGAUUUAGACCAGGGCAACAAACUCAUCAUCUCAGGUGGACACCCCAGGGAGACGCAUAAGGGAGGCUUAAUUGUGGACCCUACUGACAUGUAUCAGACACUGGCCAUCGCCGCGGCCCAGAGUCAGGCCGGUUAUACCGACUCUCCAUCGGCCAGUUACAUGCACUCCAACCCUAAUUCUCCCGUUUAUGUGCCGACGUCUCGCGUUGGAACGAUGAUACCGAGUUUGUCCUACCUACAACCCGGGGUGUCUUCCCAGCCGAGCCACGCGGUAAGCAGUCAUUCGGUUUGGUCACAGUCCGCACCGGAGAGCCCGUCCUACAGCACUGGAAGCCCGCAUACCUCCAACCGUUUCCACUACUCCCCUAGUCCGCCUAUGAAUAACGGCACAUCGAGGGAUAACAACUACACUAACCCUCUGAAUGUAAACGCUCGAGAGCAGUAUCUUUCACGACCGAUAAGUGGAUCUUACACAAGUCCGUACCCUCCUUAUGUGGCCCCGCAGCUCUCACAGUUACAGGCGGCGUGGCCCGCGGGGCCCUUCGAAAACUCCAUGCUGCACUCCCUGCAGUCAAGAAGCGCGCCGCUGUCCCUCCGAGGGCCCAACGGAGAUUUGCUGGACGACAUGAUGGAGAGCCGGGAGUGCGUCAACUGCGGCUCAAUUUCCACCCCGCUGUGGAGACGCGACGGCACGGGUCACUUUCUCUGCAACGCCUGCGGUCUCUACAGCAAAAUGAAUGGACUCAGCCGACCAUUAAUUAAACCUCAGAAGCGUAUGUCGUCUUCGAGGCGGAUCGGCCUGUCAUGCGCAAACUGCCAGACGAGCACGACGACACUGUGGCGCAGAAACGCGGACGGCGAGCCCGUGUGCAACGCUUGCGGACUUUACACAAAGUUACACGGGGUGCCUAGACCCCUUGCCAUGAAGAAAGAAGGCAUUCAGACAAGGAAAAGAAAACCUAAAACCCUGAACAAAACAAAGGGAUCGUCUGGAAGUAGUUCUGUUCCCAUGACUCCAACAUCUUCAUCGUCUUCUAAUUCAGAGGAGUGCAUUAAGAACAGUCCUUCAUCUACGCAGGUGCCUGUAACAUCAGUCAACUCUUCGACGCUGCUGGGCCAAGUCGACGUCCAAUGCACGACCGGCUCCAUGGUGAAGUACCCCGGCCAGGAGAGCCUCUACACGAAUGUAGGCCUGACGUCCACAGCUGACGUGGCAACCUCCGUGAGAGGGGACGCUUGGUGCCCCAUGACCUUGGCCUAAACCCUGGCAUUAUGGGACGGGAGCCAUUUGCUGUCCUUCAGCUCUCUAGAACAUCGCUUUCGGCGUUGUACUUAAAAUCUGGCAGGGUGUGGGGGUUGUCAUCUGUUUUCGGUCUGUUCCAAAUACUCCAGUUUUUGAUUCACCCCGUGGAAUACUGGACAUCCAUGAUGGAGAUUAUCUAUGAGGACAACACUUGAGAAAGAGAGAGAGAGUCGUCUUUAACAUGCCUUUGGUACUUUCAGAGCACACCCUGCACCGUGAAUGUUGCUUGGAGGAGUAAGUGGAUCAAAAAUCAUUUUUCUUUUUUUUUUUUAAAGUAGAUUUGUACAUAUUAAUGCCAACGGAUACUUCGCGCAUCUGGAAAGACAAGGUUGUUGGUUGGAUUGUGGUGAUCUGAUGAGAGAGAGAGAGAGAAGGUUGAUCUUUCUGAAACUGGAAUUGAAGAUUAAGUGUCAAGGUGUUUUUAUUGACAAAUGCCAACAUAUUUAUGAAGCUAUCGUUGUUCAAAUAAUGCAUAUAUUUGUCAAUAAAGAUAAUGUCAAAUAGAGUAGGACUGAAGCCUUGCCCUUCCUUUUAAAUCUUUUUUAUUUUGUUUGUUGCAGUGGACGUCGCUCACAAAUCUGCACGUGAAUUUUAAAAGAAAAUGAGACAAAAAAAAUAAAUAAAGCUCUUAUAAGAUUGAACUGAUUUGUGAUGGUUUAACACAGGGUAUCGAAGAUCGCAGGAACUCAAAUGAGACUUGCUCGGUUUUCCUAGAGAUCGCUAUCAAAUUAAUAUGGUCUAUUAAAUCAAACAAAAAGUUUGGGAAGUGUGAACCUACAUGGAGAAAUCAGCAAAGCAUAAAUAUAAAUCUCUGUUUGAACAAACAGCACUCAGGAUUUCUUUUCUGAUGUGUUUUUUUUUUUUUUUUUUUUUUGUUACAACACAAAACUGCAAAAAAAGGUUUUGCUGCAGUGAUUUUGGAUGUAUAAGACUACCUAACGGCAUUGAUGUGAUAUAUCAAUGCAUUUUUCUUCUUUUUUUUUUUUUCACUGUCAGUGUGUGACACACCUCUGUGGUCACUACUUUAGCUGAUGAAGGGACAAUAUUCAAUCUGGAUCUUGCUUUCACAAUUUAUUGAAUGUUUUAGAGAGAGUAAUGUGUGCCAGAAUCAAGCAGUAGUGAAGGUUUCUUGUGAGUCGCCAUUUGACAUCAUGACAGUACUAAUUAAUGAUUUGAAUUCACUCGCCUCGAGUGCUUUUGAUUUACGGCCUCUGAUCUGUUAAACAGUUACCCAGCUACAAGUUUCCCGUGUAAACAUCUUAUGGCUUUGAAAUUGGGGAUUAAAGGGGAAGAGCCUUUCUUCACACGAUGAUGGACAAGCCUUUUUUUUUUUGCGUCAUAGGGAUGCCGUGUGAAGGACACAAGAAACAUUUCGCUAUCGGUGUGAUUCGCCACCUUUACAACCUUUACAAUUAUUUAUUUCUGUAAUGUAGUGUGUUUGUAAAAGGUGUAUUGUAUUUUAAUUAACAUGGUUGUGUUUUUUUUUUUUUUUUUUCAAUUCCAAAUUAUUCUGAUUAAUCUGUUAAACACAGAUUUAUUGUUUUGGUAUUGUCUUGAAAAUAUCCAAAGCAUUUGUUGAGUUUGUGUUUUAUCUCCUUUUUUUAAGUAGAUUUUGAGGUUCAGACCUUCCAUUUGUUAUGAAAUGGUUUUUCACAUGAACCACUGGAACCACAUAGUUUUGAUAAAUUUAAUCAAAAUGAUUUUCCUAUUUGUUAUUGUCAUCACCAGUCAUAAAGCAAAUAGUAAAAUGUUCUUAAACCGAUUGACUCUUCCUUGUGUUUUCCAGUGUGUUAAGAAGGAUGUCAUUGUUAAUUUUUAGUUCAUUAACACUGGAACAAUAAAUAACAGCCAUGACUGAAGAUAUUUUUCUUUGAAUUGUUUUAAUUUAAUGAAGUAUUAAUCCAUAUUGUUAAAACGACAACGCUUAUUUUGCAUUGAUUUUUCGAGUCCCGUACUCAAUUGUACUCAUAGGCCAGAUGUUUGCUCAUGGGUCACGGAUCUUUUUUUGUGUUUUGUUGGUACACUGAAGCGAAUUAAAAACUUGAAGUUUGUAUUUCAACAACAGAACUUUUCACGAAUGUGUUUAUUUAUUUCGUUUUUUUUUUUUUUUGUUUGUUUCAUUACAAUUACCUUAAUUGCAUUUUAGCAUUAUCAGAAAUGGUUUUGGGUCGACAUGAACAUCACAGAUAAAGUUGUGCGUUUAACAUUUGGAAGACUGCUUUAAACCAGAGCCCGGCCUAAAUGAAGAAUUGGUUUAUGUGAACUUUGACAUUUGAAUGUGCUGAUCUUUGCCUCAAGGUUGGACUUUGAUUUACGACCGAUUGAUGACGCCUUGGCCCCAAUAGAUUGGAGGUCUCUGAUGUAAUUCCUUGUGAUGCUGGUGAAACAAACCUGUUUUUGCUAGAAAGCAUUGAAAGGAAUCCCAGAACCAGUUCCUGUAUUGUUUCUUUGUCAUAAAUGUCUCUUUUUUUGUAGUACAUUCAAUAUAAAUGUUCCUCUUGAAAUCUUUCUUUGCAUUGUUCACGUUUUGGUUUCAUCUAAACCCAUAAAA